AUGAAUAGAGGAACUACACUCAAAAUAUCAUAAACGUAAUACUUUUUAAUAUAAUUUAAAAAUAUCAGAUUUCGCUAAGUAAUUAAUGAGCCCUUAUCAUAGUAACAAGUAUUCAUAUUUAUGAAAAUAUCAACUAAAAGAAAUGCUGGAAUAAACCAACCAAGCAUCAAAGGUAUUAUAUCUUUAAAUCUCAUUUUAAAAACAAAGUUUAUUGGCACAAAAUAAAGGCAAAAAAUGAUAACAAAUAGUUGGAUUAGGUCCCACAAAAAUUUAUAUGUAUUGGAAGGGGAAAACACAGGUAUGCAUGAGCAGAGACAAUUUACUUUUUAACUGAUCCAACUAUGGCUAAAUAAAUUAUUAAAAUAAUACAAAAUAGUAUUCUUAGUUGCAUUUAUCAAAUUUUCAUGCUUUUAAAUGCCUUUGCUAGUAUCAUUUAUAAAACUUUUGUCGUUAAUCAGAUUGUAGGCUAAUUCAUUUAGCACUUUCUAUCUUCUUGAUUAUAAAGAAUUCACCCAUUUUAAAGCAAUAUCCUUCAGCUUCAUAAUUAAUGGAAAGUUAGUUUAAUCUGCAACUUUAUCUUUUCCUUCAUAAAUUUAAGUAUAAUUGUAAUAAAGCUUCUUAAAAAUUUCUUAGCCUUGA